AUUCAAAACUCACAACAAUAUGUUUUUUUCUGUGAAAAUUCCCAACUCCUUUCACAAUUUAAUCUCUGUUAUCUCUGUUUCCAGCUGAAUUUUGUUAUUUAUUUGUUCGGAUCUCCUGCGGAUUCGAUCGAUUGUUUUGGGACUUGUUUGGGAUCAAAACAAGAAAGAUUUUUAUUGCGGUUUUAUGGGGAUUUGGGUUUUCUUUUAAUUGUGUAUAUUUGUAAUCAGAUUGUGUCUAUUGAAAGAAUUCUGUUGUAUUAGAAGCUUAAAUUUUGAAGCUUUUUUAUAUCUGGGUAUCAUUUUUCUCUGUGGCUGUUCUUAAUUUAAUUCUGGAUUGUUGUAUUUGAUUAUUUCUUGUAAAGAAGACAUCUGCCAUUUUAUAGCUAUCGAGCACUUGAUUUCUCAAUUUUCCCCUCUUGUGAUUGUAAAUUUGGGGAUUAUAUUAAUUUGAGCUAAAAAGACCUGAUUUUUAGUCAAUAUACUCGUCAAAUUCAGUUCCAAGUCUUGCAAAUUUCUCAGAUAUUGUUGGGGUGUACUACAUAAUUGAAGUCUGAGAUUUUGUGAAAUUUGGUUGUUGAAAGAUGACAAUUGGAAACAUCUCUCCAAAGGAGAAGAAGUCAAGGAGGAGCAAGCAACCUGUUGAUGAGAAUGCUCCUUUGUUGCCCAAAAGGCAGGAGGAAGAUGGUGGUUUUGAUGAAUUUAAUGGAGGUUCCUUUACAGGGGCUGUCUUUAACUUAGCAACUACCAUUAUUGGAGCUGGAAUCAUGGCCUUGCCUGCUACCAUGAAAGUUCUUGGUCUUGGUCUUGGGAUUGCUUUGAUUAUCUUUAUGGCCAUAUUGACCGAGGCUUCAAUUGAGUUUUUGCUUAGGUUCAGUAGGGCGGGGAAAUCGGUUUCUUAUGGUGGUCUUAUGGGUGAUGCAUUUGGAAAGUCGGGGAAGAUUUUGUUGCAAGUUUGUGUUUUAGUCAACAACAUUGGUGUACUCAUUGUGUACAUGAUUAUCAUUGGUGAUGUGUUGUCUGGAACAUCUUCAAGCGGAGUUCACCAUUAUGGUGUUCUUGAAGGAUGGUUUGGAGAUCACUGGUGGAAUGGGCGUACUUUUGUUCUUCUUAUUGUAACACUUGGCAUAUUUUCUCCAUUGGCAUGCUUUAAGAGAAUUGAUUCUUUAAAGUUCACAUCUGCCUUAUCAGUUGCAUUGGCUGUUGUGUUUCUUGUAAUCACUGUGGGCAUUUCAAUUGUGAAGUUGAUCAGUGGAGGGAUACAAAUGCCCAGAUUACUGCCUGAUGUAACUGAUUUGACAUCUGUCUUUAAGCUCUUCACUGUAGUUCCAGUUCUGGUCACAGCUUUCAUCUGCCACUACAAUGUUCACAGCAUAGAUAAUGAACUUGAGGAUUCUACUCAGAUUAAAGGAGUUGUGCGUACAGCGCUUGCUUUGUGCUCAACUGUGUACAUAACAACAAGUUUCUUUGGGUUCCUUCUAUUUGGUGACAAUACUCUUGAUGAUGUGCUUGCAAACUUUGACACUGACCUUGGCAUUCCCUACAGCUCCCUGCUUAAUGAUGCAGUUCGUGUUAGUUAUGCUGCUCACCUCAUGCUUGUAUUUCCCAUUGUCUUCUAUCCAUUGCGGCUCAACAUGGAUGGCCUCUUCUUUCCCUCAGCUAGGCCUCUAGUUUUGUCUAAUGUUAGGUUUAUACUGAUCACCAUCGGGCUCAUUGCUGCCAUCUUCUUGGGUGCAAAUUUCAUCCCCAGCAUCUGGGACGCUUUUCAAUUCACUGGAGCAACUGCUGCAGUCUGCAUUGGUUUCAUUUUUCCUGCUGCCAUUACUCUCAGGGAUCGUCACCACAUAGCAACAAAGAAGGACAAGAUCCUUGGUGUUUUCAUGAUUGUUCUUGCUGUAUUCUCAAAUUUAGUGGCCAUAUACAGUGAUGCCUAUGCCUUAUUUAAAAAGAACCCAUCACCGCGUGAAUGAUCUAUCAUCUUACUCCUCCGAACCAGGUGGACGGAGAGGUAUGGUCAUAUUUUCAAUAGGAUAUUGACAUGGGCAAAAAUCCCAGCAGAAAAUUCAGGUUUUCUAUGGAGGUUAGUUUAAACUGUAAUUUAAUCAGAACUGUCAUCCUGAUGUAGAAAGUUAGUUCGUUAAAAGGAGUGUGUUAGUAGAGGUCUGUAUACCCUCCUGUGUCAGACCAUUGUGUUGUUUGAUGCUUGAUGAUGUAUUUGGUUUGUUGUUUGUACAAGUACAAUUGUAUAAUUUAUAUUUCUAUCGCACUUUCCUUCA